CGUGGAAACAGAAAAUCCGGCAUUGGCGAUAGCAAUAUAUGCGCAAAUGGUUUAUGUCCCGUCUUCACGGGAUUUAAACGCACUGAACCAGAACCCCAACGGGGACAGGCUGAAAGAAAACCCUCUCGAUGGAGGACAAAAGGCGAGCUCUACCGCCGGCGAGCUCAUCUGCGGGAACUGGAAUUCAGGCAGGAGAGCCUGCUCAGUCCCGGCGCCGACCAGGAGGGCAAAAGAGAAAAUUGAAUGUACUAUCGGCAUCGAAUACUUUGUCUACCCCGUCGAAACGCGUUACUCGCGAGAAGAACUUGAAUUCCCACUCGUCGAUCCAUAACGGUCCCUUGACCCGGGCGCGCCAGAGCCCCAACAUCCUCGCUUACGCUGCUUCCGGAGUAAAGUUCGAGGAGAGGCCAAUAUUGACUGCAGAGGCGGCCCUGGCGGAUGAUGAGCGACGCAAGGCAAGUGAGGCGGAGUCAAAAGCACUGGAGGCAGCACUUGAAGCUGAGUUUGAGGCAAUUAAAUCUCGGGAUGCUAACUCGCACGUUGUACCCAGUCAUUGCGGUUGGUUUUCAUGGAAAAAAAUCAAUGUUCUCGAGGAGUGCGCAAUGCCUACAUUCUUCAACAAUAAAUCUGAAACCCAGACGCCUGAUGUUUAUUUGGAAAUUCGCAACUGGAUCCUGAAGAAGUUCCACUCAAACCCAAAUGUUCUAAUUGAAUCAAAGGAUCUAUCAGAGCUUGAAGUUGGAGAUUUGGAUUCCCGGCAGAAGGUCUUGGAAUUCUUGGACUACUGGGGUCUGAUUAAUUUCCAUCCAUUUCCACAAGAUGUAGCUGUUGCCAGCACCAAUGAUGACAGAACAGCAAAAAUAGAUUCUUUCCCUGAUAAAAUUUAUUGCUUUGAAGCCAUUCAGCCAUGUCCGCCCAUGGUUCCUAAACCCAAGUUACCCAAUAUUAGAACUCCGGCUAUGCCUUUUGGGGUGUUUCCAACUUCUGCAAUUGCUGAAGAGUUGGUGAGGCCAGAGGGGCCAGCGGUUGAGUUACCUGAGUACCAUUGCAAUUCUUGUUCAGCUGAUUGCUCUCAGAAGCGCUACCAUUGCCAGACGCAGGCAGAUUACGAUUUGUGUACCGAUUGCUUUAAUAGUGGAAAAUUUGGCUCCGAUAUGUCUUCAUCAGAUUUUAUUCUCAUGGUGCCUGCUGAGGCUCCAGGUGUUAGUGGUGGAAAGUGGACUGAUCAGGAGACUCUCCUCCUCCUUGAAGCAUUGGAACUUUACAAAGAAAACUGGAAUGAGAUUGCGGACCAUGUUGCCACAAAAACAAAAGCUCAAUGUAUUUUACAUUUUGUUCAAAUGCCGAUUGAGGAAACUUUCCUUGAUUCUGAUGAGGAUAUUAUUGCCAGUUCCAAGGAAACUGCAGAUCCAGCUGCAUCCACUAAUGAUUCUUCUGUCUCCAAGGAUGAUAAGGAAACAGACAAGGGUAAGUCUAGAGCUAGUGAGGAUCAGCCUUCUCCUAUGGAAGAAACAAAACCAGAAGAUGCAUGUGAAGCAAAAGCUUGUCAGGAAACUUCAAAAACAGAAAAUCUUAGUAACAUGAAAGUUGGUGAGCAAGCUUCUGCAUCAGCUGGUACUGGUGAAGUCAAGGCUGCUCAUAAAACUGGUGAAAACAUUGCGUUAAAGGCUCUUAGGGAAGCUUUUGGAGCUGUUGGUUAUUUUCCAAUGCCUGGAAGACCACUUUCAUUUGCUGAAGUGGGAAAUCCUGUCAUGGCACUGGUUGUGUUCCUGGCACGGUUGGUAGGAUCUGAUGUUGCUAAUGCUUCAGCCCGCAGUUCUUUAAAAUCCGUGUCCAGCAAUUCUCCAGGUCUGCAGCUGGCCACUAGGCAUUGUUUUGUUUUGGAUGACCCCCCAGUUGACAAGAAUGAACCUGGUGCUUCUGAAAGUGCUGUCACUGAUAUGGUGGAUAGACAAACUAGUAAAGUCAAUGAGGAGCAGAUCAAUACCCAGAAAGAGGAGAACUCUACCUCUGGUUUGAGUGACAGGGAUUUCUGUUUUAAAAAAGAUGAGAAAAUGGAAAAUUCUAUUCCUAAAGAACAAAAGAGUUUGAUUUCGGAAAAUCUCAAGCCUGCAGAGAAAUUACUUGCUGAAAAGCAGUCAUUUUCUUGUGAAGUUGUACCUGGAAAUAUUGAUGAACCAAGAAAUUCAAAGUUAGCAAAGGAUCCAACACUAAAGAUCAUGAAAGAAUCAGAUGAUUUGGCAUCUAAGGCAGAGUUUCCUCCUAGUUGUGUGAAGGGGCAUGAAGAGGAAACUGCAUUAGGAGAGCAUUCUCAGCCUUCAGAGGUAAAGAAUGUGGAAAUGUUAUCUGAUAUGCUCUCUCUGGAAAAAGAUAUCCACGGUCAUUUGGCUACAUCAGGGUCAGUUGGAGAGCCCUUUCUACCUGCAGAGACAUUGAAGGACGUGGAUAAGGCAUCUGAUUCUCUGCCUCCUGAAAACAAUGAGCGGCAGUUGGUUAUAUCAAGUUCCGUUAUGGAGCUGUCUCAACCUACAGAGGUUACAAAAGAUGUUGAUAUGGUGUCUAAAUAUUUGCUUUCUGAGAAGAAUGGGCAGCAGUCAGUCCCAUCAGAUCCCGCUGGAGAGCCCUCUCUACCUUUGGAGGCACAAAAAGAUGUAGAUAUGAUAUCUGAUUCCCUGUCUUUGGAGAAGAAUGAAUAUCUACAUCCAGAAGCUUCAAAUUCAGUGAUUAAAAAUGGAACAAAUGCCGGUGAGGAUCAAAUAAAAGACAGUAAAAUGGACAGGCAUGGCUGCACAGAGACCAAAGACAUGCAGGAUAUUGAUAAAUUAAAGCGUGCAGCUGCUUCUGCAAUCUCGGCAGCUGCAGUGAAGGCGGAAGUUCUUGCAGAGCAGGAAGAGGAAGAAAUCCGACAACUUGUUGCAUCAAUGAUAGAGAAUUACAUAAUUUGGAAACCAAGUUGGCUCUCUUUAGUGAGAUGGAUAGCAUAAUUAUGAGAGGAAAGGAGCAAUUGGAGAGGUCAAGGCAUAAGCUAUUCCAUGAGCGUGGACUGAUAAUAGCUUCACGGCUUGGUUUACCACCUUCAUCAUCUAGGGCAGGUCCGCCAUCAUUGCCUGCCGACAGAAACGCUAUGAACUUUGCAAACUCAGUUCCAAGGCCCCCACUAAGCAUGACUUCCAUACGGCCACCAAUUUCAAGAACCAUGGGAACUGCACCUCCCACUUCUAACCCUUUUGUAGCCUCCGCUGUAGCAGGAAGUACCGUCCAGCCUUCAGGCCAAGAUAGAACCCCUUCGGUUGUGGCAAAGUAGUCUUUGCAUGGCGUACCAUUAAUCAAGCCUCAUCCAAUCAAUUGCCUGUUUUACCAAGUGAGUACCUUUUUCCUUGAAGAACUUGGCGGAUCUUCAGGGUUUAUUGCAUUCAGGGUUAUUUGGCUGAGUGAAUGCAAUCUAAAUCCCAUAUUGCAAUUGAUUGUGAUUAUAGUUGUGUCA